UCUCGCAUUCUCUUCUAGGCCAUCAAGUUGAACGGUGGAACGCAUAAGGGCCUUGCAUUCACAAUGGGUUUGCUUUCUGAAGGGUCGCCACUCUCUUGGGAAGAAACAAAGCGGCUCUGUGAACACGUCCGCCAUCAUGGGAUCCUCCAGUUCAUCAUCCAGUACCACAGCUCGAAAAACCGCAAGCACGACUGUCUGCGCUGGGGCGACGAGAUCGAAUACAUGCUGGUUCGGUUUGAUCACGAAAAUCGUCGAGCCCAGCUCUGCCUAAGGGCCGCUCAACUGCUCUCCACCCUCAACGAAAGAGACGGCCGUGACCGUUCCCUGUGUUCCUGGCAUCCAGAAUUCGCUGUCUGCGCCAUUGAAGCCAUUCCGAAUGCUCCGUACGGGGACUUGGUGUCGCAUUAUAACGUUGUUGAGCACAACAUGCGGGAACGCAGAGCCGAGGUACGCGCCCUUCUCGCGAAAGAUGAAGAGAUCAUAUGCAUAACAACGUUCCCAACCUUGGGCUGCCCACAAUACACUUUUCCGGUGUACACACCGUCGCUGAAGGCUGCCCACAUGCCGUCCUUGUUCCUGCCCGAGGAAAUGGUGUUCCCGGCUCAUCCUCGCUUUAAGACCCUCGCUCGUAACAUCAGGGAACGACGUGGGAAACGUGUCGUCAUCAACGUCCCAAUUUACAAGGACGACAAUACAAGGUGGCCUUUCACUGAAGACUGGAGAGCGCUCGGAGAUGACGGAGAAGCUGAGAGAUCUGCCCGACCAGGCCACGUCUACAUGGACGCGAUGGGCUUCGGAAUGGGAAAUUGUUGCCUGCAAGUCACCUUCCAGGCAUGCGACUUGACUGAAGCCAAGGACUUAUACGACCAACUGGCAAAUAUAUGUCCUCUUAUGCUGGCUUUAAGUGCAAGCAGUCCUGCUUUUAGAGGCUACCUUGUCGACACAGACUGCCGUUUUGACGUCAUAACUCAGUCCGUCGACGACAGAACGGAUGAGGAAAUGGGAUUAAAACCAUUGGGCCCCGACGCGCACCUGAUCAAACGACCUCGCUACGCGAGCAUCCCUUGGUACCUUUCCUCAAAGGGCCAGCACUUCAACGACGUCCCAAUGGCUUGCGACGCAAAAGUAUACCAGGCACUUCGUUCGGCAAACGUAGAGGAACCAUUGGCGAGACACCUGUCGCACGUCUUCAUCCGUGAUACUCUUUGCCUCUUUAGCGAGAAACUGAAGCAACACGACAAUAUCGAUUUUGAUCACUUUGAGAACCUGCAGUCGACAAGCUGGCACUCCUUGCGAUUCAAACCCCCGCCACCUAAGAGCAGCAUCGGAUGGCGAGUCGAGUUCAGGCCUACAGAGCUUCAAAUGACAGAAUUCGAGAACGCAGCGUACGUCGUGUUCGUUGUGCUUCUUACGCGGGUAAUUCUCACCUUCGACCUUGACCUCAUCGUGCCCAUCUCGAAGGUAGACGAGAACAUGAAAAUCGCGCAGAAGCGGGACGCUGUCCUGACAGAGAAAUUCUGGUUCCGUAAGGACAUCCUCACCCACGGCUGCCCUUCGUCCGUGGGAGGAGUACCCGAUGAGAGUGCGCUGGAGAUCGCCCACAUGAAAACUCGGAAAACCUAA